AUGUUUGUGAUAUGGCCGAUCCAAAUGGGUUCGUUCAUCUUUAUAUUAGUUCCCAAUUUCACCCGGCCGAAAUUUAAAAUCAAUUUAAUGGAGCAGUCUCUCUAUUUUUAUGAUUCUCUACAUGUAUAUUUUUUCAUGUCGGAAAUCAGAGAUUCUGCCCUAAAAUUUAUUCGUCAAUUUUUGUAA